AUGACAGUGGAGGGGAGCAUCCGGCUACUAGGCGAUUCAGAGGCGGCCUUAGGCGAUGAGAUUGACAACUGCAGGACGUUGAACGAGACAGACAUUAUAGAGAAAUUCGACAAACUCGUUGACGCUGGAGUCAUCAACUACGAUUACACCUACGCCACUGAGAGUCGCAAGAUCGGAGGACUCGACUUCGAAUUUCGCAUUUCAAAUGUCCUCAAAAGCAAGCCAAAAGACCCAACAAUUCCACACAUCACUAAAAAUGGAACAGUUGCUCUCAAGCAAAGGCCCGGCAGUGACAUCAACACACAUGGCUCCGAAAUUGGCCAACUUGGCGAGAGCCAUUUCCUCGCCUUCAACGGCUUCUCGUGCUACCGUCCGCAUUAUCUGCUUCUGACGCUUGACGGAAAUCGACGCCAAUGGGAGCCGCUGUGCAUCGACGACUUCAGGGCCGUACAUACCUUUCUUGGCUGUGGCGGGGACAAUCUUGUCUUUUUCAACGGCGGCGUCGAAGCUGGGUGCAGCAGGUUGCAUAAACAUCUUCAGGCCAUCCCGAAGCAUUCGUUUAAUGGGAACCCUUGGCGAAACGUAGAUGAAAAUGCGGACGCAAUUCCAUUUGCCUACUUUGAGCAGAAGUUGAAGAUCAACUCGACACCCGAGGCGACUCUGGAGGUGUACAGGGCAGGCUUGGACUUCGUCGAGCGCAGUCUCGGGUACAAGACUACGGAGCAGAAUAGAGCCCCCCCUCACAACGUCAUCAUGGACGGGAUGCGCAUGUUGGUCAUCCCUCGACGAGCGGCAGGGAAUGGUGUGGUUGGAGCGAAUGCCGCUGGGAUGCUAGGCAUGAUUUGGACGCAGAGCGAGGAGACGAUGCAGCUCUGGCUUGACGCUGGUCCGCACAAUGUCCUAGAGCAAGGGGGCUUGCCAGGACUCAUCUGA